AUGAAAGCGUUCUUGGUAAACGGUAACAACAUGGCCGUGUGUGUCAGAGGGAGUGCAGGUGUGUUCUAUUCUGUGUGUGUUCCUCAGGUGCGUAUUGCCCUGCAGAUGGAAGAUGGUACCAGACUCCAGGGUUCUUUCUCCAGUGGACAGACACUAUGGGAGCUGCUCACACACUUUCCCCAGACCAGAGCGUCUGAGUUGUCUGAAUCAGGUUCCACUCCUGUCUGUGUUUACAUGAGAGAUGAGGUGAGUGGUGAGGCAGCUCUAAAGAAGGCCAGUCUGAAGUCUCUGGGACUCACAGGAGGAAGUGCCAUAGUCAGGUUUUUACUGAAGAAGACCAAAUCGCCAGGCAACGGAGACGAUGACGGCAUGGAGGCGGCUUCCACGGCGACAGAUCCCGUCACCAAGGAAACCAAGCCCCGCCCUUUACCCCCCGUCGGACUGCCUCCCUCACAACCAGAACGUGCAGCGCUGCCUUCAAUCAAAAAGGAGAGCCCUGACAGGCCGGUUGAGACGGCGGAUGCCCCAGUCCCCGUCCCCUCGGCCACUGGCAGCACGCUUCCUGGCAAACAGGAAGCGGAAGUGGUUCCAAACUCCCAAAUUGCGGUGCGGCCUAAAAGCAGUACCUUCGGGGGAGUGAAGAGGGAGGAAGAGGGGGAUGGAGAGAGGGCAGGACCAUCUGGUCUGUGCUCCGUCCAUCCGUCCUCCUCUUCUCCUCCCUCCGCUCCCUUCAUCCCUUUCUCUGGAGGGGGUCAGAGGCUGGGGGGGCCGGGGGCGAGCGGUGUAGGAGCAUCAUCACUACCAUCAAUGGUUGGCGGGCCGCCCAAAGCCAAGAAAUCUAAACCCAACAGCGCCAAGCGCCAAGCCAGUGCCAAACAGGAUGACUGGGCCGUGGUGGAGGAGGUUCUGCAGCCGGUGGACAGGGAACCCCUGAUCUACCACAUGGACUCUGGGGUGCGUCGCUACGGCAACGAACAGGACUUGCCAGACGAGUUCUUUGAGGUGACUGUGGACGACAUCCGCAAACGCUUCGCUCAUCUGAAGAGUGAGAGGAGGGUACUAGAGGAGGCUCCUCUGAUGACCAAAGCUCUGAGAGAAUCUCAGAUGAAGGAUAAGAUGGACAGAUACCCCCGAGUAGUUCUGAGGGUCCAGUUCCCUGACAGACGUGUUCUACAGGGAUUCUUCAGACCUCUAGAGACAGUUGCUGCUCUGAGGCACUUUGUGAAGAUCCACCUGCAGGACCCCCAACUACCCUUCUACCUGUGUGAGUAUCGUUACUCUCUCCGUCUCUCUCUCUCUCGCUCCAUCUCUCUCUCGCUCCAUCUCUCUCGCUCCGUCUCUCUCUCUCUCUCUCUCUCUCUCUCUCUCUCUCUCUCUCGCUCCGUCUCUCUCGCUCCAUCUCUCCUCAAUCAACUUUAUACUGAACACAAAUAUAAAAGUUACAUGCAACAAUUUAAACGAUUCUAAUGAAUUACAGUUCAUAUAAGAAAAUCAGUCAAUUGAAAUACAUUUUAGGCCCCAAUCUGUGGAUUUCAGUCAGCACACUCCCUCCACUUGAGACUUCUGUGGCGUUGUGUUGUGUGACAAACCUGCACAUUGUAGAGUGGUCUUUUAUGUGUAAUGAUCAUGCUGUUUAAUCAGCUUCUUGAUAGGCCACACCUGUCAGGUGGAUGGAUUAUCUUGGCAGAGGAGAAAUGCUCACUAACAGGGAUGUAAACACAUUAUCGCAAAACAGUUUAGAGAAAUACAGUUUUUGUGCGUAUGGAACAUUUUUGGGAUAUUUUAUUUCAGCUCAUGAAACAUAGGACCAAUACUUUACAUGUUGUGUUUUAUAUUUGUGUUCAGUAUAUUUAUAAAGCCCUUUUUACAUCAGCAAUGUAGAUGUAGCAGCACAGUGACUGGAAGAGACAGGGAGGGUGGAAACAGCACGUCUGGUGAACAGGUCAGGGGUCCAUAGCCGCAGGCAGAACAACAACCUCGAUUGGCAGCAUGACUGGGGACGGGGACAGCCAGGAGUUCUGAGGCAUGGCCCUAGAGCUCAGGUCCUC